AUGGGCCUCAAGAAAGUCGAGGACCGGCCGACGCCGUCGGCUGUGUACAACCUGUGCGUCGCCUCUUCGCUCGCCUCGACGGCUGCGUGCCCGAUCCUGAUCGGCUACGACAGCGCCUUCUUCGGCACGAGCGUCGCCUUGACCUCUUUCAAGAACGAGUUCGGCGCCGAUAACGUCGCGAGCAACAGCGCAUGGCUCGUGUCGUGCUACCAGCUCGGCGCGCUCGCAGGAUCCCUCCUCGCGCUCCCCUGCGCGUUCUACUUCGGUCGCCGUUGGGGCCUCCUCGCCUCGGCCCUCGUCUUCACGCUCGGCGCCGGCAUCAUGCUCGCCGCCGACGGCGAGCGAGGCUUUGCGCCCAUCUACGCCGGUCGGGUCAUUGCGGGCUUGGGCAUCGGCGCCGCCUCGAACUUGACGCCCCUAUACAUCUCCGAGAUCGCGCCGCCAGCUAUCCGAGGUCAGCUCGUGGGCAUGUACGAGAUCGGCUGGCAGAUCGGCGGCCUCAUCGGCUUCUGGAUCAACUACGGCGUCUCUGAGCAACUCGCCGUCUCGCACAAGCAGUGGCUCAUCCCGUUCGCCGUCCAGCUCAUCCCGGGCGGCCUGUUCGCGAUCGGGAUCCCCUUCUUCAUCAAGGAGUCGCCUCGGUGGCUCAUCUCGCGUGGUCGGCGCGACGAGGCGAUCAAGAACCUGUGCUACUUGCGCAAGCUCGAGUACAACGACCCGUACCUCGUGCAGGAGGUCAACGACAUCGACCUCCAGGUCGAGAACGACCGCACCGCCGUCGGUCCAGGCUUCUUUGCGCCCAUCCGCCACCUCUUCAGCCGGGGCUACCUCUUCCGCCGCAUGCUCACUACUGCUGGCUUGUUCUGUCUUCAGAACGGUACAGGCAUUAACGCGAUCAAUUACUACUCGCCGACCAUCUUCCGCUCUAUCGGCGUCACGGGCGGCAACACGUCGCUGUUCACGACGGGCUUGUUCGGCGUCGUCAAGACUGUCGCUUCCCUCAUCUGGGCUUUCCUCCUCAUCGACCACCUCGGUCGCACCAAGCUCCUCAUGAUCGGCUCGGCAGGCUGUUCGGUCUCCAUGUUCAUCGUCGGCGGCUACAUCGCGAUCGGCAAGCCGCAGAACAAGACGACGUCGAGCCUCGACUCGGGCGGCGUCGCUGCCAUCUUCUUCCUGUACCUGUGGACGACCUUCUAUGCAAUUACGUGGAACGGAACGCCCUGGGUCGUCAAUGCCGAGGCGUUCCCGGGCAGUGUUCGCCAGGUCACCCAGUGCCUCGCCGCCUCGUCGAACUGGCUCUGGAACUUUGCCAUCGCUCGUGCGACGCCGACGAUGUUUGAGCAGAUGGGCGCGGGCGGGUACGGCGUGUACAUCUUCUUCGCCUGCUUCACCGUCAUGAGCAUCCCCUACGUCUUCUUCCUCCUGCCCGAGACCAAGAACGUGCCCCUCGAGGAAAUGGACCGCCUCUUCCUCGACCCGCACCCUUGGUCGGCCAACAAGCGCGUCCUCGCCGCGCUCAGGCGCGAGCGCGCCGACCGCGCCGACCCGAACAACAAGGAGGAGCUUCUGUUUGACCCGCACGCGUCGGCGCAGCAAAAGACGCAGCCAAGGCAGGACUUUGUCGAGGACGUGUAGAUAUCUGUAGACGAGCUUUUCUCUCUCUGUCUCGAGCCUGCAACGACGAAUGCGGGCCGCUCUC